AUGCUGGUGCUCGGACUUACCAUCUCGCAGCUCUCUGCUGGCCACUUGAAUGCCGGCGCGUAUGCCCUCUACGGCCGCGUGGUCGGUGUGCUCACGAUGUUUGCGCUCUCCUUUCUGAUGGUCAAUGUGGGCCAUGAGUUCGUGAUCGAGCGAAGCAAGCUGGGCAAUUAUGCCCAAGACUACUUGGUGGCCAUGUCUGCGGCUGGACUUCCUUGGAUCUUCGUGGCCCUCUGGCUGCACUUUGCGCUGCCGAACUCCGGCUUGGCUUGGGGCUCCGCGCUGCUUAUGGCGAGGUUUGCGGCGCCGACGAGCGCCGGGAUACUCUUCAACAUGCUCGAGGCCGCGGGCUUCAAAGAGACGUGGCUCUUUCGAAAGGCGCAGAUCUUGGCCAUCUUUGAUGACUUGGAUACUAUUUUGCUUAUGAUCCCGUUGAAAAUGUACUUAGUCGGCUUCAAGUGGGAGCUCUCGUUCGACGCAGUCUUCGUGACCUUGUGCCUCGGCCUUGCCUGGCAGAAGCUACACAAGAUUCGCUUGCAGAGUUCCUGGAGCUGGACCAUGCUAUAUGCAGGAGUGAUCACGGCUUGCUGUGAGGGCCUCUGCAAUUUCACCUCAGGCCGCAUUCACAUCGAGGUCUUGUUACCAGCUUUUGUGAUGGGUUGCAUGACCCGGAUUUGUGAGCCGAAAGAUGACUGGUGUGAACUGCUCGACGAGAAGAAGGAGGAAGCGGCAAAAAGCCUGGUGUCCACCUUCUUCAUGCUUCUGGUUGGCAUGUCCAUGCCAUCCCUCUUCACGGCUGCGGGGCAUCUCACCGCGGGGCAGAUGGUCUUCCAUGUGACGGUGGUGUCCCUGCUGAUGAUUUUGGGCAAGAUGAUGCUCCUGUUCUGCUACAGGAAGGAGGCGAACUUGCGAACCCGACUGGCACUUUCGCUGGGCAUGUGCCCGCGUGGUGAGGUGGGCGCUGGCGUCAUUGCGAUCUCCCUUGGCCUCGGCAUGCAGGGACCGGCUGUGGCCGUGGCGGUCCUGAGCCUUGCGGCGAACUUGGUCCUCUCGACGGGCUUUAUCAUGAUGAUCGACCGGCUGAUGAGGAGCGAGCUGCCCUCCGAAGCCACGGCGGCGCCGCCGGCAGCCGCAGCCUCGGCUAAAAAGCCGCAGCCGCGGAGAAGCAAAGCCUUUGCAGGCAGAGUGAGGCCUGCCCUGCCUCGCGCAUCCCUUCGAAGAGGCGCCUCCGUGCGGUUGGCACAGCUUCCGCCCACUUCCCUGGGCUCGGCGUUCGUGUCUUUCCAGGCUCCAGGUUCGCUUGGCCCCGUUGCUUCACGGCCGACGUCCUCAGCGAGCCAAGGGGGCCUCCUGGAGUUGGUGGGGGCCUCCCUGGCAGUGCUUUUCAUUUUGGCCGCCCGAGCCGCACGGCCACUGCGGCUUGUUCCCAGACGGCUAUACAGGAGCUUACGAAAGCUUACUCUUUUGUGGGAUCCGAUGGACAAGUUGUUUCAGGAGAGGAUCUACCGGCAAUGUUCUCACCAGUUUCCUGAGAACAGAGCCUCUCCUAUGAACGUCAUCCGUUUCAACUAUAGAGCUUGA